AUGAAAUCUUGUCAGAUUUCACAUGCUCAUGAUCUUCACGAUCAACUUACAUUACAUUCAAAGUCGAAUCGUAGAGAAUCAACACUAACGGUUUAUCGUGGACAGGGUAUGAUAACUGAAGAGUUUGAGAAGUUGAAACAAGGUGGGUUUGUAUCGAUGAAUAGUUUCUUACUGACAAGUGCAAAUAGAGCUAUUGCCGUUCAGUUUGCUCAACAAUCGAUGAAUCAAGAUCCCAACAUCCCAACAAUUCACAAUAAUCUUGGGCGCAUUUACAAUGCCAUGGGUGACUAUACAAAGGCGUUGACUUAUUAUGAAAAGACACUGGAAUUUCAGUUAAAAACACUGGACUCAAACCAUCCAUCUGUGACUACGACGUACAAUAAUAUUGGAGCGGUUUACAAUGCGAUGGGUGAUUCUUCAAAGGCUUUGACUUAUUUUGAAAAGACACUGGAAGUUGAUGUGAAAACUCUGGGCCCGAAUCACCCAUCUGUAGCUACGACAUACAAGAAUAUUGGAGCAGUUUACAAUGCCAUGGGUGACUAUUCAGAAGCUUUGACUUAUUUUGAAAAGACACUGGAAGUUGAUUUGAAAGCCCUGGGACCGAAUCAUCCGUCUGUAGCUACGACAUACAAGAAUAUUGGAGCGGUUUACAAUGAUGUGGGUGACUAUUCAAAAGCUUUGACUCAUUAUGAAAAGGCACUGGAACUUGAUUUGAAAGCACUGGGACCGACUCAUCCAUUUGUGGCUUUGACAUACGCUGGGAUUGGAGCGGUUUACAAUGCCAUGGGUGACUAUUCAAAGGCUUUGACUCAUUAUGAAAAGAAUCUAGAACUUCGAUUGAAAAUAUUGGGACCGGAUCAUUCACUUGUGGCUGCGACAUACAAAUGUAUUGGACUGGUUUACCAUGACAUGGGUGAAUAUUCAAAGGCUUUAACCUAUUAUGAAAAGUCACUGGAACUUGGGCUGAAAACACUGGGCCCGAAUCAUCCACUUGUGGCUACGACAUACUAUUGCAUUGGACUGAUUCACAACGACAUGGGUGACUAUUCAAAGGCUUUGACAUAUUAUGAAAAGACACUGGAACUUGAUUUGAAAACACUGGGACCACACCAUCCAUCUGUGGCUACGACGUACAGUGGUAUUGGAGGGGUUUACUAUGCCAUGGGUGAUCCUUCAAAGGCUUUGACUUUUUUCCAAAGGGCUUUUGAAGUUGCUGAGAAAUGCCUGCCAUCUUCUCAUCCAGAUAUCGACAAGUAUAGAAGAAUUAUAUGUAAGAUAAAUGACAAACUUAUUACACACUUUUAG